AUUCAAAAGUCGCUGAUUGGUGGCGUGUGAAUAGCGGAAGUGGAGCUGGCAGGGUUUGUUUAUAUGCACAACAGCUAGCGAUAAUUGAACAAAUUUGAGCUUGUGAGAUAUGGACGCGUUACAAAGGCACAGGUCUAUGUAUAAGGGCACAACUCCACCAUGGAAAGAGACAUACAGAAAGCGUUGUGUGGAAAGGUUGAAGAACAGCCGGUCGAAGUUACUGGAGAAGUACCGGCAGAUGGGAGACACCCCAAAGAGCUCUCUUCUCGUCCAGGAAGUGAUGGAGAUGGAAUGGAGCGCCUUACAGUCGGCCAAUCAAAGACUGCCUUCGUUGUGGAAGAAAGACGGCAUCAGUGAUAUGUACAGAGAUAUGCAGGAAAAUGACGAAUUGGCUGUUCUGGAAGAAAUCCAACAGGAGCUCAUAUCUCAAGAGCUUUCUAUCAUUGAGGAAUACCACAAAACCCAGCAGUUUGAAGAAAAGUACUUUGACUCUGUUGUGGAUGGAAUGGAGGAAGAAAGAAAGCUCAUCUGCCCCGUAUGUCAUGCGAAUAACCUGACAGUGAACAGCCAUUUUACAUCAUGUCCGUGUGGCCUUUAUAUCAACACAAUGGGAAGAAAUAUAACAGCAGAUGUGCUCCAACAUCUGCUUGAGAUGAGAGUCACAGAACAUCUGGAAGACUGCCUCCAGAACCCCAUAUUCUCAGCAGCCUCAAACGUGGAUGGCGCACCCAACCUUCUGAUAAGCUGCAAGGUUUGUGAUUAUCUCUCAAUUGUCCUGUGAAUCACUCCGGAACAACGGCCAUUGUGUGCUUUUCAGUGUUUGUAUUUUAUUUCUGUGAAAUAAAGAGAUUACUUAUUUAACAUUA